AUGCGGGCGAUUGUGUUUCACGGCAAAGGUGAUAUUCGACUUGAAGAAGUGAAAGUGCCUAAGUGUGGCCCUACAGAUGUUCAGCUGAAACCUGCAUUCGUUGGAAUAUGUGGAACAGAUCUCCACGAAUACCUUGAAGGGGCCUACCUCAUUCCAACUACCCCUCAUCCCGUAACUGGCAAGAAGUUGCCGGUAAUCAUUGGCCAUGAAUAUAGCGGCACUGUUUCAGAGGUCGGGAAUGAGGUCAACGAUCUCAAAGCAGGAGACAGAGUUGUUGUCCAACCCAUCAUUUUCGAUGGAACCUGCAGUUCCUGCCAGAAAGGUCUCAUUAAUUGCUGCCCUAAUUCUGGGUUCAUAGGGUUGAGUGGUAAGUCCCGCUGCAAAGAUCUUGUCGAGGUUUCUAGGGCUGAUAUCUACUUAGGCAUUGGAGGUGGGUUGGCAGAGUACACCACUGUACCCCGGUAUGCCGUUUACAAGAUCCCUGACAAUGUAUCUUUAAAGAUUGCUGAGUUAGCUCUCGUGGAACCUCUCGCAGUUGCGUGGCACGCCGUGAAAUUAAGCGGGUUUCAACCCAACGACGCCGCCCUCAUCCUCGGCGCGGGGCCAAUUGGCCUAGCUAUUCUUCACAUUCUUAAAAGUCAAGGCGGCAGCCAGAUGAUUGUUUCUGAGACUGCAGAGAAAAGGAGACAAUUCGCGACGAACUUUGGGGCAAGCUCAUUGAUCGAUCCGACCACAGAAGAGGUGGGUGAACGCUGCAAGACGCUUUGCGCAGGAGAAGGAGUUCAGGUCGUGUUUGAUUGUGCUGGUGUUCAGAGUACGCUGGAAGCUGCGCUUGAGGCUUCCAGGCCCCGAGCCGUCAUUGUCAACGUGGCCGUUUGGGCUGGCGAGGCGGUCCUCUCGCCGAACCAUUUCAUGUUAAAUGAAAGAACCUACCGAGGAUCUGCGACAUACUCGGCAACAGACUUUCCAGAAGUUAUCGCUGCUCUUGCCCAAGGAAAACUUGACCCAGAACCUAUGAUUACCAGUUUGAUUGAGAUGGAUGAAAUAGAGGAGAAAGGGUUCAAGGCAUUGGUUACUUCCAAAGACAGUCAAGUCAAGAUCUUAGUCAAGAUCUGA